GCGCACUUGCACAUUUUUCAGUGACACCUCUGAACAUACGCACACCUCCAUGGAUCAGUUUGCACAGGGGACCCCAAAACAACCAUUGACCUGUACGACACGUGAGCUGGCUAUGCAUUCAUCACUCAGAUAACCUAACUUUCAGGCAAAACAGUUUGUGCCGUGACACGCCGGGACGCACUUUUUUCCCUUUUUUCCUUCUUUUCUUUUAAUUACCAGAGUUAUUCUUAAAAAGCAUCUUCGGAUUCAUCUUUUUUUGGAUUAGAUGCAUGUCACUGAUUGUGCGCCUUUUGUAGGCUGAGGAGCGGCUCAUAAUCGAAAGAGGAUAUAUAAGGGAAUAAAUCCGAAACAAGAGAGGGGAAAAGUUGCCUCUCCUGGUGUCCGCGCAUCGUCAUGCCGAAGUACAGCUUUCUGUUGUGUUUGGUGGUGCUCAUCUCCCUGGGAAAGUCGGGGAGCGAUGAGCCCCAUCUGCAGCUUCCUCCUGGCAGCGAGACGCCCACGGAUGCCGGACUGUCUCUGCUGGACGAGGACGCAGGUUCCCACGAGUGUUCCGCCUGUGUUUGGAGGGAGCAGAGCAAAGUGUUAAGACUGGAGACCAUCAAGUCCCAGAUCCUGAGCAAGCUGCGGCUGAAACAAGCCCCCAACAUCAGCCGGGAGGUGGUCAAUCAGCUGCUGCCCAAGGCGCCUCCGCUCCAGCAGCUCCUGGAUCAUCACGACUUCCAGGGAGACGCGACGUUGCAGGAUGAGUUUAUGGAAGAGGAUGAGUACCACGCCACCACGGAGUCCGUGAUCACCAUGGCCUCAGAGCCGGAGCCCCUGGUGCAGGUGAAUGGGAAACCCAGUUGCUGCUUCUUCAAGUUCAGCCCCAAACUGAUGUUUACCAAGGUCCUGAAGGCCCAGCUAUGGGUGUACCUGCGACCCCUGCAGCAGACCUCCACCGUCUACCUGCAAAUUCUUCGGCUGAAGCCCGUUACGGAGCAGGGCAGCCGCCACAUCCGGAUCCGCUCCCUGAAGAUCGAGCUCAACUCCAGGGUCGGCCACUGGCAGAGUAUUGACUUUAAGCACGUACUGCAGAACUGGUUCAAGCAGCCCCACACCAACUGGGGGAUCGACAUCAACGCCUUUGACGAGAGCGGCAAUGACCUGGCAGUUACCUCACUACGACCUGGGGAGGAGGGGCUGCAGCCGUUUCUGGAAGUGAAAGUUCUUGAGACCAGCAAACGCUCCCGGAGAAACCUGGGCCUGGACUGCGACGAGCACUCCACCGAAUCCCGCUGCUGUCGCUACCCUCUGACUGUGGACUUUGAGGCGUUUGGAUGGGACUGGAUCAUUGCCCCCAAACGCUACAAAGCCAACUACUGCUCUGGUCAAUGCGAGUACAUGUUCAUGCAGAAAUACCCACACACACACCUGGUGCAACACGCAAAUCCACGAGGUUCUGCAGGGCCUUGUUGCACCCCCACCAAGAUGUCCCCCAUUAAUAUGCUUUACUUUAACGACAAACAACAGAUCAUUCAUGGCAAGAUACCAGGGAUGGUGGUGGAUCGAUGUGGGUGCUCUUAAAUGGUGUAUAGUAGUAUAACUGUCUUCAAACCACCCAAAUUUCCUCACAGAGCCCCCCGGCACAGGAACCCACUCAGAUUUCACUUUUGCUCACCCAGAAAAACCUUUUCCAUUUUUCUGAAAUUAAAUUUAUUUAAGUGUAUAACAAAGAAAAACAUGAUUGAAAUACAUUAAAUUAAAAAAUAAUUUGGAGAGGGUGUCCUUUUGGAGCAAAAAUGUUAAGUAAGACAAAACUAUGUAUUUGAGUAUGUGUUAGUUAUGUGUUUUUUAUGGCAUUUUUGUGAAAUGUCUAGGAUAGUGGAGUGAGACGAAAGGAGACAAGCAUUUUCUAUUAAGACACCAACUGUUUGUCACGUCAGUUAGGAUAUAUGUAACGUCACAGCUACACCUACUCACAGGUGAGAAUCCUUUCUCCUAAAUGUUUGCAGAGGAACAUGAGCAGAACGAUGUUGCAAUCAAUUAAUUUAACAAAAAUUUAAUUACUGUGAUGCUGUUAGAAUAAAUUCAGAUUUUUGUUUGCAUUCGUAAGUGUGAAAAAGAUCCAAAAACAAACCAAUAAUUAAUCAUUCUUGACCAUCUUUCUGUAGAAUUUGAAAAAAGGAAAGAAAAGAAAAAUCUACUGUUUAGCAAAUAAAAGAUGAAACGUUUAUUUCAUCGUGCACACUAAAAAAAGGCUACACAUUCUGCAUCGUUUAGGAAAGGAGAAAAAGAGCAAUAUUUAACCUGACAAUUUUUUUUCUGUCUGUUCAACAAACUGCAAAUAAAAACAAAUGCUUUUAACUUUUACUGUAAAUGUUGAGAACAGUUACACAAAUGCACUGUUUCAUAAAUCAAAGGGGCUUGGGACUUAACAGUUUAAAAAAAAAGGAAAAAAGGAGAAAAAAAAAACAGCCGAUAACAUGAAAUAGACACACUUCUUACAUUUUGGCCAGGAAGUAGCACCGACUGGGACUAUCUCUAGAAGUUUAUGUAUUUUUAUAUGUUCACAAUUGUGUGGUUAAGGGUGUUGGGUGGGUGGGGGUGUGCAGGACAAAAAACACUUGAAAAAAGAACGAGCAGAGGCAACGUUGAUUCUGUCAAGCCAUUUAAUUACCUGUUUUGACCCUUUCUCAGUUUUUUAUUUUGUUGUAGAGCAUCUGUGCUAAGAGUUAAAGUCCCACUCCAAUCAUCUUUUGAUCUGUUUUUUAAAAUGUUCCUAAUAGUCUUUUGAUUAUGAUGAUUACAAAAUCUGACGUUUUCUAAGACUAAAUUUCUACAGGAGUUCAAUAGGAAUUCACCUGUAGCCGGGGAAAAAGUCUGCCCUUUGUUUACACUCUCUCCUGCUAGCUUACAGCCCCUCACAACCUAAAAGUCAUGUCACACAGACACAGCAUACAUUUUGCGCAUUUAAAAUAUUGUUUUUUUGUGAUACGUGCUUGAUAUACCUAAUUCUUAAAGGCCUAUACCAUUUUUUUCUUAAGCCUUUCAGAGUAAACUAUAUCCAUAUAUAUGAUCAUAUAUUACCUUUGGAACACUAAAGAACUAAUUAUUUAUAAAACAUGAAUUAUUUUCGUGCUUUUUUUUCCCACACCGAAGUAAGAUGCCUCAAUCUCUGAGGCUCCGCCCACCGCUCCAUACAUUUCAUAACAUCAUCCUAGGGGCAGCCUCGCAGCGUUUCAUCCAUAAAAGCAAAUAACAUCCGAACUUUUGCAAAAAUGGAUGAACAUACGGGGUUAUUUAUUGGAGGCCGGACACAAUUGGAAGAUAUAUGGUAUUAUGCAUUUACAAUUCAAAUUUUUAGCUGAUCACCGCUAGCUCAGUAGAGAAAGCGGGUGUUUGUGUUAGCCUGGCAGCACAGAUUCUUCCUGUAAGGGGCUGUUCUCAAUUUGUGACAUCAGAUCGUGAGAACCCGCUUGUUUGAGUUGGUUGAGGCUGGUGCUCAGACUGAGUAAAGGUUUUUAGAGGAAUACUCAGGAAUGAACAGUAUAAUACACUUAAAAGCUCAAAAAGUUUAUAUUGCAUGGCAUAGGCCCUUAGAAACCCUAGAGCUAUCUUAUGGGGUCCAGAUGACCCAACCCUUACAUUGAUGUGUUGUCCAUCCCAUGACAAAGGUGGAUGAAGGUGGACAGGAUUUCAUGUCUGCCACAGAUAUCAGUGAAAAUUUAAAAUUAUAAAAAUAGAAAAAAGUGGGAUCCAGAUGACCCCACUCCCUAAUUAUGUAACAGACGCACAAAUCACUAAUAAAUUGCCUAUAAACAGCGCAAUAAUCACGCACGGUUCAUGUCUAUGUUCAUUUUUGUGUUCUCCGCGUGGUUUAUUCGUACUUCUUCUGUGGUUUUAAUGUGGUUCAGUCGUGAUACAUCUGUAAAACAUUCAGGUAAAGUCCACAACUUUUCUCAGUUUUUCCACAUAUAUUCACAUAUGACCAAUUUUCAUCCAUUCAAUAAGCAAAAAAUGUACCUAGUGUCUGUGUGACAUGGCUUUUACAUUACUAGUGCAACAAAAAUGCACAAUUUUGAACCCGAUGCAAGGAAAACAAGCAUCAUCUAUUUGUCUACAAGUGGAUGCAUCAGAAUGGAGCACAUACAUCACACCUGCAAGCAUUUUUUUCUCUGCUCCUGAUUCUCAAAAAUCUAAAUAAAGAAAUACUCAGAAAUCCAAUAUUAAGCUUAAUUUACUUUACAUAUAUGCCCCUAAUGAGAAAAAUGCUGCAAGAAUAUGUUAAAAUCAUCAGAAACACUAUUUUCAUUGGAGUGGGUCUUUAAGUGCUUUUAGAAACCACAAUACACCAGAUAGGCUGCAAAAUCUAAAACACAAUGUCUUCAGUUUAGAAAACAUUUUGGGAAAUGCCCCCAGUCAUCUCAUCAUUCUUAUAAGGGAGAAAAUACUGUUAGUGCUUGAACACAGAAUAGAUUAGUUUUCUCGAAGCUUGUCUUUGUCUCCUGGAUGUCAAUGCAAAGAUAUCCUUUUGUUAUAAACGAAAGCACUAUGCUGUUGGAUAAAGUGAGAGCCUUCUGACAUUAUAUAUAAAUGAUAUAUGUAUAUAUUAAAAAAAGAGGUACAAAAACCUUUUUGGGGGGCACUCUACCUUACCAACAAUAAAUUUUGCACUAUGGGACGUUCAUGGCGUGAGGAGUGUUGUUUGUGUUUUACCAAGCAUAAGAGAGCUUGUACAUUAUAGGUUUAAACAAUAUCCAAGCUUUUGGUGAUCAACCAUGAACUAGGGAAGUUUUCACUUCUUUUUCAUGCCAUCAUACCUUUCUGACUUUGUCUGAAGCGGGGGCCUGUCCAGUUAUUCAUACAUUUUAUUCCAAUCCAGAACCUGAAAGUACUGUAAAAGCGACCUGAGAGGUCACCACGCCCCCUUUGGGUACGAGAUUGUGUUUGUGUUACACAUUCUAUCCUGAACAUAGAAUGCUUUAACUUCCACCCAUUAACUUCAAUCUGCUACCAGGCUAGACUGAUUGUAUCCUCUUUUAUUUUAUAUUUUGUUGUGUGCCAACUGUCUUGCAUUGACAUGUUUUUGCCUUGAGUGUAUUUUAAGUGAAAGAGCCCAUGUAAGAAUGGGAGGAAUAUCCAGGGAUUGUUAGCCAAAGUAGAGGAUGACAUGCUGAAACCUCUGUGAUUGCAGAAAUAUGCUAGAACAUUUCAAAGGGAGGAAAGCGCUGGUUUAGGGACAGUGGUUGCUUAAAAAAAAAGAAAUUACAACUUGUCAGUUGUUAUUUAUUAAUAUGAAUUACAAAGUAUUUCAAAGUUUGUCUACCUCACUUUAGCCUUCUAAAAACUUUGCUUUUAAAGAAAAAUGCCAGCAGUUCAUCAUUUCAAACGCUCACAAGAGUCAUUCCCAUCCCCUCGAAAAAUGAAAACCACAGGGUCCCCUCGCUCUCAGGUUCAGACUGAGUUACUGACAGAGUGACUGAUGGUAGCGGUUUUGUUCAAGUGUGGUCAAAAUAAAAAUAAAAAAAAUGAUCUGAAGCCUAACUAUUAUUAAAGUUGUUGAGAAGUUGCAUUUUGAAUUUUAGUGUUUGUGUUCUGGUAUGUGUUUUUUUUUUGUCAUAUAGAUAUAUGAGAGUAAAAAAAAUAUCUAUGUAAAUACAUACCCAAAUGUUAACUUUUAUGCUGUUUUGGACAGGUUCGCCGCUUCUAACAUUUCUCUCUUUUCCUCUUCAUUCCCCUUGUUCUUUGUGUAGUAAAAAAUGAAAAAGUCACCCCAACUUUGUAGUUUUAAUGGUUGUGCAUAUGUAUAACUGUAUCAUUAUUUUUUCUUUUGUUGUUUAUUUACUGUCAUUUUCUUUUUGUACAAUAAAUCAUUUAUUUAGCUUAAA